AUGGCCUCUUCCCCCAAGCUUAACGUGGUCGUCGCCGGCGCCUCUGGUGAGACAGGAUCGUCCAUCAUAAAGGCGCUAUUGGCCAACCAGGCGCAGUUUCAUGUCAUCGCAUUAGCAAGGCCUGAAUCGGCAGGCAAGGACGUAUACAAGGCCAUGGCUUCUUCAGGCGCUACUAUCAAGACGGCCGACUUCCGCGCUGUAGACGCACUUGCAGAACAGCUUGCGGGCGCUGACGUCGUCAUCUCGUGCCUAAUGCCGAUUCAACUGGUAGAAUCAGAGACACUUAUCGACGCUGCGCAUCGCGCUGGCGUUGGCCGCUUUCUGCCCAGCUUCUGGGGACCUGUCAUGCCUCCGCGUGGUGUUAUGGCUGUUCGUGAAAUACGAGAGGACCUUCUGGACCGCUGCAAGCGUCUAUAUCUACCUUAUACUGUUGUCGAUGUGGGCAUGUGGUACCAGGUCUGCCUACCAGCACCGUAUGCUCCACCACCACCCGUUGCCGAUGUGUUCAUCGGAGAUGGCAAUGCACCUAGCGCCAUAAUAGACAAAGACGAUAUUGGGCCAUAUGUGGCCCGCAUCAUCACGGAUUCGCGGACCCUAAACCGGUCCGUCUUUGCGUAUGGCGAGGUUACCACGCAAAGCACCAUCUUAGCCGAGGUUGAGGCUGCAACGGGAAAGAAGGUGCCGUGGGAUUCUGUGUCGGCUGCUGAGCUCGAGGCUCGCGUUGCGGAGCAUCAGAGCUUAGCGGCAAAAGACCCGAAUGAUGUAGGGCUGUUGUUGAACCUUGCUGAGGAUCAGUAUAGGUAUAGUCGCUCUGUCAGGCUCGACAACACUCCCGAGCAUGCCCAAUAUCUAGGGUACUUGGACGGCAAGGCUUUAUACCCGGAUCUCGAGUGCAAGUCGGUGCGUGAAUUUGUACGGGAGGUGGUCAGCGGAGAGCGUGACCACCGCAUCUAUGUUGGCCGGGAUCCAGUGGCAGAUGCAACGCAGCACAGGACUUAG